UCACUCUGUCUUUCUCAUGGCUCUGUUUUCCUGCAACUUUCUUCUUCUUCUUCCAUCAUUCAUCGUCGUCUUUUUCUUCAUAAUCGCCGGAGCUGAUGAUUCUACGGCGAAGACGUACAUUUUCCGGAUCGACAACUUCGCUAAGCCGUCAAUAUUCCCUACCCAUUAUCACUGGUACACUUCCGAAUUCACUCAUCGGGUUAAUAUUCUCCAUGUUUACGACACCGUUUUCCAUGGAUUCUCCGCUUUCCUUGAUAAAUCUCAGGCCGAUUCAAUUCUCCAACACCCAUCUGUCCUCGCCGUCUUUCAAGAUCGCCGGAGGCAACUACACACCACUCGAUCACCCCAAUUUCUCGGCCUCAGAAACCAGCGCGGCCUCUGGUCAGAAUCCGAUUAUGGAUCCGACGUCAUUAUAGGCGUUUUCGAUACAGGGAUUUGGCCGGAGAGAAGAAGUUUCUCCGAUCUUCAUCUCGGUCCUGUUCCGAGUCGAUGGAAGGGUAUUUGUCAAACGGGUGUUAAGUUUACUAAGGAAAAUUGUAACCGGAAGAUUGUUGGAGCUCGAUUCUUCGUUAAAGGACAUGAAAACUCCGGUCAAUUCGGCGGCGGUGGAUCGAUAAAUGAGACGGUUGAGUUUCUAUCUCCGAGAGACGCAGACGGACAUGGCACACAUACGGCGUCCACCGCCGCCGGGAGAUACUCGUUUCAUGCUAGUAUGUCGGGAUAUGCUGCCGGAAUAGCUAAAGGAGUUGCUCCUAAAGCUCGUUUAGCUGUUUACAAGGUUUGUUGGAGAGACGGCGGUUGUUAUGAUUCCGACAUUCUCGCCGCGUUUGACGCCGCCGUUAACGACGGCGUAGAUGUCAUCUCGAUAUCGAUCGGCGGCGGCGAUGGUAUUUCCUCGCCGUAUUAUCUCGAUCCGAUUGCAAUCGGAUCAUACGGAGCGGUUUCCAGGGGUAUUUUUGUUUCAUCCUCGGCAGGAAAUGAUGGUCCGAAUGGAAUGUCGGUUACUAAUCUCGCGCCGUGGGUAACAACCGUCGGAGCGGGUACCAUCGAUCGGAAUUUCCCUUCCGAUGUUAUCCUCGGAGAUGGACGGAACUUCUCCGGCGCAUCAUUGUACGCCGGAGAGAUGUUGAACGGAGAAAUGUACCCUUUAGUCUACCCGGGUAAAUCGGGUAUCCUAACCGCUUCUUUGUGUAUGGAUAAUUCUCUUGACCCGGAUUUGGUGAAAGGAAAGAUCGUUAUAUGCGAUCGUGGAAGUAAUCCACGUGUGGCGAAAGGAUUGGUGGUGAAGAAGGCCGGCGGUAUCGGAAUGAUUCUAACCAACGGCGCUUCCACCGGCGAAGGUUUAGUCGGAGAUGCUCAUCUUCUUCCGGCAUGUUCCGUCGGAGCCGAUGAAGGUGAUGCCAUUAAGUCAUACGCAACAUCAUCGGAAAACCCAACUGCCACGAUCAAUUUCCGAGGUACUAUAGUCGGAAUCAAGCCGGCUCCGGUAGUGGCAUCUUUUUCCGCCAGAGGACCUAACGGGUUAAACCCGGAGAUACUCAAACCCGACUUAAUCGCCCCGGGUGUAAACAUUUUAGCUGCGUGGACCGACGCAGCGAGUCCAACCGGACUUGACUCCGAUUCACGGAGAAACGAGUUCAACAUUCUUUCGGGCACGUCUAUGGCGUGCCCGCAUGUGAGCGGCGCAGCCGCUCUAUUAAUAUCGGCUCAUCCCGAUUGGAGCCCUUCCGCAAUUCGUUCAGCCAUGAUGACAACCGCCACAUUGUUGAAUAAUAAGCGUGAGAACAUGACUGACGAGUCUACGAUGAAAUCGUCGACCCCUUAUGAUUUCGGGUCGGGUCAUCUCAAUUUAGGUCGGGCGAUGGAUCCCGGGCUGGUGUACGAUCUGACUAACGAUGAUUAUGUGAACUUUCUUUGUUCGGUUGGGUAUAAUUCAAAAACCAUUCAAGUGGUGACCCGAUGGCCCGUGAAUUGUCCGAGUAGAAAGGCAAUGCCCGAGAAUUUAAACUACCCUUCGAUCGCGGUUUUGUUUCCGAGCCAAUCUUCUCGUGGGGCACAAAUGAGCAAGACGUUCGUGAGGACGGUGACGAAUGUGGGUCCAACAAACGCGAUUUAUCGGGUCAAAGUGGAGACACCGAAAGGGGUGACGGUGGUGGUGAAGCCGAGGAGAUUGGCGUUUUCGGAUAAGAAGGCUAAGAAACAAACGUACAUUGUGAGAAUAACAAUGGAUAACAAUAAUAAGGGAAAAGGGGUUUUAUUGGGUGAAUCGGGUACUGUAUUCGGGUCGGUUUCUUGGUCGGAUAGAAAGCAUGUGGUUCGGAGUCCUAUAGUGGUGACCCAAAUGGAUAUUUUCUAAUGAUCAUGUGUUGUUGGAUAAAAAAAAUGUUGUGAUAACUCUCUACGGCUAGUAUUUGUAUUUGAAUAUUUGGUAGAAACUAAACUUUUUUUUAUUAGAUUUUUUCACUUUACCCUUGGUGUUUGUAUUUUAAGGUAAAUUAAAGAACAGACCGACAGCCUUUUACU